CGAUGUCUGUGAUUGAUGGAGCGGCCGCGGGCUUUAGGACCCGGAUGUGCAGAGAGUCCCAGACACUGGUUGAUGAUCCGCUCGCGACUCAUUCAAUGUCUGUUAUCAAAGAACAAUAAAACGCGCGUCCGAGCCGGACCCGUUACGCACGUUCACGCUCGCGCAUUAAGACCGGACCUCGCGCUCCUCGACCGGACCGGCGCACGUCUCCAUCCCCGGCGGAUCCGCGUUCAGUCGUUCCCCGUCAGUCCGCUUCAGGCCACCGGCAUCAGCAUGAGCCAGAGGUUCACGGUGACCGCCGGUGACAUCCAGGGCGAAGUCAACCAGCUGUUCGAGGGCGACGAGGAGACGCCGAGCGCGUCCGACGCCGCAGCAGCAGCAGAGGAGGAGGUGUCCGGGAAAGGAGAUGGUAACCCCAAGGAGAGCAGUCCAUUCAUCAACAGCACCGACCCAGAGAAGAACCAGCAAUAUGACGGCAAGAACAUGGCACUGUUUGAGGAGGAGAUGGACACGAUUCCCAUGGUAUCGUCUCUUCUCAGCAGUCUCGCCAACUACUCAAACCUGCCCCAGGGCAGCAAAGAACACGAGGAGGCGGAAAACAACGAAGGCUCGCGCAAGAAACCUGUCCAGGCUCCGCGGAUGGGAACGCUGAUGGGCGUCUAUCUGCCCUGCCUGCAGAACAUCCUGGGCGUGAUUCUGUUUCUCAGGAUGACCUGGAUGGUGGGCAUCGGCGGCGUCAUCGAGGCCUUCAUCAUCGUGCUCAUGUGCUGCUCCACGACAAUGCUCACUGCCAUCUCCAUGAGUGCCAUCGCUACGAACGGCGUCGUGCCAGCUGGAGGCUCCUAUUACAUGAUCUCUCGCUCUCUGGGCCCUGAGUUCGGUGGAGCUGUAGGCAUCUGCUUCUACCUGGGCACCACCUUCGCUGGAGCCAUGUACAUCCUGGGUUGCAUCGAGAUCCUGCUGGUGUACAUUGUCCCACAAGCGGCUGUUUUUAAGAUGGAGGGUCUGGAGGGAGCCGAGGCCGAAGCAGCAAUGCUGAACAACAUGCGUGUUUACGGCACGAUGGUGCUCAGCUUCAUGGCCAUUGUGGUGUUUGUAGGAGUCAAGUACGUGAACAAGCUGGCACUCGUCUUCCUCGCCUGUGUCAUCUGCUCCAUCCUUGCUGUCUACGCCGGAGUGAUCAAAACCGCCUUCGAGCCUCCGGUCUUCCCGGUGUGUGUGCUGGGAAACCGGACUCUGGUUUGGAAAGGCUUCGAUGUGUGCGCGAAGGUCAUCGAGAGAGAAAAUGCCACGGUCACCACCAAACUCUGGCGGCUCUUCUGUGACUCCGAGUUCCUGAACGCCACCUGCGACAAUUACUUCACCAACAACAACGUCACUGAAAUACAGGGAAUCCCCGGAGUUAUGAGUGGCAUUCUGCGAGAGAAUCUCUUUGGGAAUUAUAUGGAUAAGGGUUCUUUCAUUGAGAAAAGUGGAUUAACCGCCUCAGUCGAACCCGAUGCCAUACCGACCAACACCAACCGCUACGUGCUCGCAGACAUCACCACCUUCUUUACCAUGCUGGUUGGCAUCUACUUCCCCUCCGUGACAGGCAUCAUGGCUGGAUCGAACCGAUCCGGUGAUUUGCGCGAUGCCCAGAAGUCCAUUCCUAUUGGCACCAUCCUGGCCAUCACCACCACCUCCAUCAUCUACAUGUCCAGCGUGAUUCUGUUUGGUGCCUGCAUCGAGGGAACGGUGCUGAGGGAUAAGUUUGGUGAGGCGGUCAGGGGGAAUCUGGUGAUCGGGACACUGGCGUGGCCUUCACCCUGGGUUAUCGUUUUCGGCUCCUUCUUCUCCACCUGCGGCGCGGGGCUUCAGAGUCUGACGGGCGCUCCGCGUCUCCUCCAGGCCAUCGCUCGAGACGGCAUCGUGCCGUUCCUCAGGGUGUUUGGUCAUGGAAAAGCAAACGGGGAGCCCACCUGGGCAUUGCUCCUGACCGCAUGCAUCUGUGAGAGUGGAAUUCUCAUCGCUUCACUGGAUAACGUGGCUCCGAUUCUCUCCAUGUUUUUCCUCAUGUGCUACAUGUUUGUGAAUCUGGCCUGUGCGGUUCAGACCCUGCUCCGAACGCCCAACUGGAGGCCGCGGUUCAAGUUCUACCACUGGACUCUAUCCUUCCUUGGCAUGAGCCUUUGUCUCUCGCUCAUGUUCAUCUGCUCUUGGUACUACGCCAUCGUUGCCAUGGGAAUCGCCGGCUGUAUCUACAAGUAUAUCGAGUUCCGAGGGGCAGAAAAGGAAUGGGGUGAUGGAAUAAGAGGUCUGUCUCUCAGCGCGGCCCGCUUCGCCCUCAUGAGGCUGGAAGAGGGACCACCGCACACCAAGAACUGGAGACCUCAGAUAUUAGUUCUGGUCAACAUGGACUCGGAGCUGAGCGUGGAGCAGCCUCGUCUGCUGUCUCUGACCAGUCAGCUGAAGGCUGGGAAGGGUCUGACCAUCGUGGGCACAGCUCUGGAGGGAACCUACCUGGAAAACCAUCCUCGAGGACAGCAGGCCGAGCAGUCUCUGAGGAAGCUCAUGGAGGCGGAGAAGGUAAAGGGUUUCUGUCAGGUGGUUAUUUCUUCAAACAUGAGGGACGCCACCUCACAUUUGGUCCAGGCCGGAGGGUUGGGAGGUCUUCAGCACAACACCGUUCUGGCCUGCUGGCCGCGCAACUGGAAGCAGGCCGAGGAUCAUCAGAGCUGGAGAAACUUUAUUGAGCUGGUAAGAGAAACCACGGCUGCCAGUAAAGCCCUGCUGGUGCCCAGGAACGUCUCGGCCUUCCCGUCAAACGGAGAGCGCUUCACCGAGGGUCAUAUCGACGUGUGGUGGAUCGUUCAUGAUGGAGGCAUGCUGAUGCUGCUGCCCUUCCUCCUCCGCCAGCACAAGGUUUGGAGGAAGUGCAAGAUGCGCAUCUUCACCGUGGCUCAGAUGGACGAUAACAGCAUCCAGAUGAAGAAGGAUCUGACGACCUUCCUGUAUCAUCUGCGCAUCGACGCUGCGGUGGAGGUGGUGGAGAUGCAUGACAGCGAUAUCUCAGCGUACACAUAUGAGAAGACCCUGGUGAUGGAGCAGAGAUCUCAGAUCCUGAAGCAGAUCAACCUCACCAAGACCGAGCGCGAGCGUGAGAUCCAGAGCAUCACUGACAGCUCUCGCGGGUCGAUCCGCCGGAAGAACCCGGCCGCUGUCACGACCCAGCUGAGUGUGACAGAGGAGCCGGCGGCCAGCAGCAAAGAGGAGAAACCAGAAGAGGAGUCUGUCCCUGUGUCACCGUCCCAACAGGAACAGCUCAUUCAUGACAAGAGUACCAACCCGCCGACCCCGGCCACGCCGCAGUCCCCCAGCACAGACGCCGAGACCCCCGGCACGGCCGUUCAGAUGACAUGGACCGAAGCCAAGUGUGACGGAGAGCAGGCCAAACCUAUAGGAGCUACGACACCAGAGGCCAUCAAAGACCUCUUCAACAUGAAGCCAGAGUGGGAAAAUCUAAACCAGUCCAACGUGAGGCGCAUGCAUACUGCACUCAGACUCAACGAAGUCAUUGUUAAGAAAUCCCAGGAGGCCAAACUAGUCCUGCUCAACAUGCCCGGACCGCCUAAAAACCGGACCGGCGACGAGAACUAUAUGGAAUUCAUGGAAGUUUUAACCGAAGGUCUCAACCGGGUCCUCCUCGUGCGCGGUGGAGGUCGUGAGGUCAUCACCAUCUACUCUUAAGGAACCACUCGACGUCACCCCACUCCAUUUGCCCUCCUUCCCCAGUGUGGCCCAAGCAAUAUCCCAGAAUUCCUUCAGUCAACCAGCUCCAUCCGUUCAACAGAAAUCGCCGUUCUACCGGUUUGCCGAGCUCUCCCUGGCCAAACAUCGCUCUUGGCGUUACUCUCGUUCAUGAUGGACGUGAUCCACACUUUACUGUUCAAUGAAGUGCACUGUUGAUGUCAGUGGGUAUUUGUUCAAUGCCCCGUCCGCUGUAGCUUUCCUACAUGAUCUGUCAAUCACCGCUCUCGCCCAAUCAGGAAAAAGCUGGUGGGUUUGGGCUCGAUUUGUUUUUAUCUGUUUGUUUUGAGGAACGGGAUCGAGAAAAGAAUGCGCAAAAAAAAGUCAAGGAGCCGGCGUACACCAGAGAUGCUGUGAAAUACUUCUGCUCUGGUAAAGGCUGACAGCCUUGGGAAAAGAUUUGAACGGUUUGAACACGAUCCUUUCAGUCUGCAGAUUGGUCAAAUGUGAAUUAAUAAUGAGUUAAUACUAUAAUGUGAACUGUCAAAUGUGAAGUUUAAAGUCAACGUCAAAUGAGCCGCACUUAUUAUUUGCUUCCGUUAACGAUCGGCGCAUGUUAUUCAGAAGAAAAAGGUUCGUUUUUAUAACGAAAAUAUAGAAAUAGCUGCUGAAAAACGUCUGAGACGGCUCUUAUUUUUCAGUUCUUUGUUUGCAUUUCGCUUGCAUUACGGAAGAAAAAUGUUUCGCGGCGUUUCGCGUUGACUUUAAGCGGGUUCCUCUGCGCAGGGAUCUGUUGCUGUAUAUUUGUUUUGUCUCAUCAACCUCCUCCGUGUUUUUAUUCGUUCCUAGCUAUCCCCCUGCCAAAUACAGUCACAAUAUGUGCCAAAAAACAAGGCUGGCAGGGUGUGCGAGUUGCUGUUUGACAGCCAAGCAGGAGUGAGAGUCUAUCGGUGCAACCAACACUGUAAUUAGCGAAAGAACAAGCUUGAGAAAAAAAAGGAAAAAGUACUCAGCCACUCCGAAGUAGUGUAAAUAGUGUAUAAGACAUUAUUAAAUAUCAGUGUAGUAUUUUUAUUGUGAAAUAACCGAAGAUUCUGGUGAAGAAACGCUGUUGUCUUACAGGGUCAGGGUGUUUUGGGUGGCUACAGGCUUCACUAUGGCGGCUUGAUGUGUACUACGGUACCGAACCUCCCCUCCCCAACAAGCACUCAACCUGCACUGACAGCCACUGUGUAACAAAUGAUUUAAUGAGUCUGUGGAUUCAUUAAAUGAAUGUGUGUGUGUGUGCGUGUGUGUGUGCGUUUGCAUGAGUGAAUGAGCGAGUUGCAUCCUUGAGCAAACGGAAGUUGCCCAUUUUUUUCCUUUUUCCCAUUUUGCUACAACGAAAACCUCCGUGUCUGUUACAUUCACGGACAAAUCUGUAUAAAUUAGCUAUAUCAUAGACAAAAUCUAUAUUAUAUUACACCAGAAAUGUCACAGAGCUAUAUAUAGAGCGUUAUUGUACCAGAUUGUAUUGCCAAACGUAGAUUUCACUCGUGCCAUGUCAACGAAAAUGUGAAUUGUCAAUAGAAACUAAUAUUGAUAGCAAUGUCACUUUAAAUGCAAACGAUGCACUCACCAGUUUCUGACUUUGAAAUUAGAUUUCGUUAACUUCGUGUCAAAGUUGGAAACGAAUUGCUCGACUUUAAAAAAAAAAACAUCCAAAAAUCGCAGUGGCUUUAGCAGUUUAAGCUAUAGUUCAGCUCGCACGCUUUCUUUGAGAUGUGAUUUUGUGUUACUGUGCUGUUGCAAAAGGUGAAUAUGUGUGAUUUAAAAAAAAAAAAAAAAAAAAAAAGUGGGAUUGCUGUCAUUAUUGACAAAGCCGCAUAUGAAUCCAUUUUGGUCGUCACUAUAGUUACUAAUUAUUUCUGGGUCCAUAAACAGCUCGGAAUAGGCUCUCUGUUAUCGUUCGGUAAUUACGGUAAUUCUGAUGUGACGUUAACGCAGCAUUAGAUUGAGUUGUUAUAAGCAUUAUGGAAAUCUGAACUCUAUGCACUGCGACUGUAAUGCAUUAGCCAAAUCACAAAAUGAGAUUUUAGAUGCAAAAUUAACCCAAGAUUAUGUUUUAAUCAUAGAAAAGUAGAUCAGAAAGUGUAUUUUUGAGAGCAUAAUUUAGGCUAUGUGUAAUUGGGAAAUCAUAUAUUCAUUGCAUUUAUUUUUGUAGAGAUAUAGGCAAUUUUAUACAGUCUUUUUUUAGCGGAAAUACCAACAACUGCAUAUAUACACUUAUGUGUUUAUAUAUAUAUAUAUAUAUAUAU